UUAUUGCGUUAAAUUAGUAUUCUCUGGCGGCAGCCUUUCUAUGCCUGCCGGACGCCAGGCACCUUUAAAAGAUGCAUAUUUGUGUAGGAAUUAGUGGCGCCGAGGAGACCAUGGGACGGGAAGCCUCUUGCAUUUUUAGACUUCUUGAAAAUUACACUAUUCCUGAGCAACUUGCCGAGGAAUAAUUUGUAAACGCCAUAGUGAAGCUUUUAUUUUUGAUGUUAUUGGCAGAAUGAAAAUUUGAUUAUAAACCUGAAGCUUUUAUCCGUCAGACUACUUUUGAGAUUUAUAUGCAAUGUCUGGACAUUUAACUAUCAUUGAAGGUUCUCAGGAGCUGGGCCUUGAUUUUUGCUGGAGUUAAUGUUGUAUUAAAACAGGACUUCGAACGUGGAAGUAGGAAUCCAAGUAGUAUUUUAUGACUGAGGAUGUUAACGUUCAUUUUGUAUUAUUAUUCUGAUACCAUUUGUCUAAAGUUGUCUUAUUACUUAAUGUAAAAAGGAUGUUGGAUAUCCAGUAUUUAUGGCUCAGAGAAUUUUGACAUAAGUAAACACAGUUUUAGUUCCCUCGGUUUGGAAAUUAUUUUUUUUCUUUAACUUUUUGAUUGAGAUAUAAAAUAUCUAUGAAGUCAUCAAGCGCAUAAAUCUUAGUUGUACACCUCAGUGAAUUUUUAUGUUUUUAUUAACUUGUGCAACCACCAGCUUUCAUAUUAUACCUGUAGAACAUUUUCAUCAUUCCAGGAGUUUCCCCCUGCUUCUUCCAAGUCAGUUAUACCCCUGCCCACCCCCCAUCAGUAUUCUGAUUUCUGUCAUCAUCUAUUAGUUUUGUCUAUUUGGGGCUUGAUAUUAAUGGAAUCCUACAGUAUACUCAGCAUAUUGAUUAUGAGAUUCAUCCAUAAUGUUUCAUGUAUCAGUAGUUAAUUCUUUUUUAUUGCUGUGUAGUAAUCCAUUGCAUCAUUAUAUGGCACUCCUCUGUUGGUGGAUAUUUAUGUUUCCAGUUUUUGUAUAUUAUGUAUUUUGAAGAAUGCUAUGAACAUUCUUAUAAAUGUCUUGGUGAACAUCUGUGCAUUUCUGUCAGCUGUGGAAUGGCUAAAUCAUAAGAAAAAUCACCACCCAUGUCAUGGAUUUUAUCUGAUUGUGUAGAUCAGAUUUCCUUAUUUUGGAUAUCAUGGUAACAGUAUACAAAAUAUGCAUUAUUUCUCAUUUCUGCAAGUAGAAUUCACUGCUGAAGGAAGAAAUUUUUUAAGCUACAGCCAAAUUCAUUUCGGUACCUUUUAUGGAAAUCCUGAUUUUGUUUUUACUUUUUUAUAACCUUUCGCAAAAGGUAUGAACAAGCAAAGACCACAUCUCACUAGGCAAGUGCACAUUAAUAAGAAUGCCUAGAAGAGGAUUGAUUCUUCAGACCCGGACUCACUGGCUACUGUUGGGUCUCGCUUUACUCUGCAGUUUAAUAUUAUUUUUGUACCUUCUGGAAUGUGCCCCCCAGACUGAUGGAAAUGCAUCUCUUCCCGGUAUCGUUGGGGAAAAUUAUGGUAAAGAAUAUUAUCAAGCUCUCCUACAGGAGCAAGAAGAACAUUAUCAAACCAGAGCAACCAGUCUGAAACGCCAAAUUGCCCAAUUAAAACAAGAAUUGCAAGAAAUGAGUGAGAAGAUGAGAUCACUGCAAGAGAGAAAGAAUGUAGGGGCUAAUGGCAUAGGCUAUCAAGGCAACAAAGAGCAGGCACCUAGUGAUCUUUUAGAGUUUCUUCAUUCACAAAUUGACAAAGCUGAAGUUAGCAUAGGAGCCAAACUAUCUAGUGAGUAUGGAGUCAUUCCCUUUGAAAGUUUUACCUUAAUGAAAGUAUUCCAGUUGGAAAUGGGUCUCACUCGCCAUCCUGAGGAAAAACCAGUUAGAAAAGAUAAGCGAGAUGAAUUGGUAGAAGUUAUUGAAGCUGGCUUGGAGGUCAUUAAUAAUCCUGAUGAAGAUGAUGAACAGGAAGAUGAGGAUGGCCCCCUUGGAGAAAAACUGGUAUUUAAUGAAAAUGACUUCAUAGAAGGUUAUUAUCGCACUGAGAGAGAUAAGGGCACACUGUAUGAACUCUUUUUUAAGAAAGCAGACCUUAUGGAAUAUAGACAUGUGACUCUCUUCCGCCCUUUUGGACCUCUCAUGAAAGUGAAGAGCGAGAUGAUUGACAUUACUAGAUCAGUUAUUAAUAUCAUUGUGCCGCUUGCUGAAAGAACUGAAGCAUUUGCACAGUUUAUGCAGAACUUCAGGGAUGUAUGUAUUCAUCAGGACAAGAGAAUUCAUCUCACAGUCGUGUAUUUUGGUAAAGAAGGACUAUCUAAAGUCAAGUCUAUCCUAGAAUCUGUCACAAGUGAGUCUAAUUUUCACAAUUACACCUUGGUCUCAUUGAAUGAAGAAUUUAAUCGUGGACGAGGACUAAAUGUGGGUGCCCGAGCUUGGGACAAGGGAGAGGUCUUGAUGUUUUUCUGCGAUGUUGAUAUAUAUUUCUCAGCCGAAUUCCUUAACAGCUGCCGGUUAAAUGCUGAGCCAGGUAAGAAGGUGUUUUACCCUGUGGUGUUUAGUCUUUACAACCCUGCCAUUGUUUAUGCCAAUCUGGAUGUGCCCCCGCCUGUGGAACAGCAGCUGGUUCACAAAAAGGAUUCUGGCUUUUGGCGAGAUUUUGGCUUUGGAAUGACUUGUCAAUAUCGAUCAGAUUUCCUGACCAUUGGUGGAUUUGAUAUGGAAGUAAAAGGUUGGGGUGGAGAAGAUGUUCAUCUUUAUCGAAAAUACUUACAUGGUGACCUGAUUGUGAUUCGGACUCCGGUUCCUGGUCUUUUCCACCUCUGGCAUGAGAAACGCUGUGCUGAUGAGUUGACCCCCGAGCAGUACCGCAUGUGCAUCCAGUCCAAAGCCAUGAACGAGGCCUCUCACUCACACCUGGGAAUGCUGGUCUUCAGGGAGGAGAUAGAGACGCAUCUUCACAAACAGGCAUACAGGACAAAUAGCGAAUCUGUUGGUUAAUGUGAUCAGUGACACGUUAGUCUGAACCACAAACCAGCACUAUUUAUUUAGCCUUAAUUCCAAUUCCAGAUGCAGUGCCUCUUUCAGAGAAGACAUGCUUAUCUUUUGUGUUCUUGCUGACAUUACUUUAGCAAUUUAACUUAGUGUGAGAAGAAAAAGCAAGUUUUGCAAUGCAAAGUCUCUGUUUUAUGAGUAUACUUCACUAUGGAAUCAUUGACAAAUCAAAAUCUGGUAUUUGUUCUAAGAGUAGCUUUGAGUUAAUUUUACCCGGCUUCAUGUUCUGAUGUGUAUCCUGGUUGCGUCUGGGCUGAGGGAUGGAAUGUGUUGUGCUGAAGGUGGGUCGGGAGCAUCCUGUUCCCAAAGAGAGGACGGUGUGUUAUGGAUGGAGUGUGUGGAUAAGGACUUUUCACCUACCGACCAGUGAGUCAACCUGCUUGGUUUUAAAUUAAGAUCUUUGGGCAGUUGCUUAAAGGAUCCUUUUUCACUGAAGCAGAGGAUAAUUAAAUGACACAUCUAAAAUCCCCAACUAAUCAAGAGAAGGCAGAGACAAAAAUCCCUCAACUUUGUGUUGUUGCCUAGCCCCCUCAAUGUCUGUUUUUAAACAAAUGGGUAAUAGUAGAAAAUACUAAGGUUAUAAUCUGUGGCUUGAUUAAAAAUAUAAUGUGUUACUAAUUUAGCAUCAUGUUCAGGAUUAGGAGUCAAAGUUGCAGUAGACUGUUUUGAACAAACAGAAACAAACAUGGAAACGUCUUUAACAGAACAGUUAAUUAUGCUGGAGUAUGGGACACAAGGGAUGUCUGGGAUAUCAGUUUACAUGAGCCAGGGCCCUAUCAAGGCCUUCUUGUGGUGUUUCAGAAUAGAUGAACAUAGCAUGGUGUUGUGUGUUUUUUGCUUUGUAUUGUCUUAUUUAGCAUGGAUCCAUAUGUAUGUAUUAUCCUUUUUUUCUAAUAUGUUAAUUAAGCUACAUCUGUGUUAUUAUAAUACUUUGAGUUGAGGGGGAGUGUCACUGAAGGAAGAAAAACCAAACAAUUUAAUGAGGUAUACCAUAAGAUCAUACUGAUUCGAGAAAAGGGGAGGAGGGGAAGCUUGUCUAAAUGGAAAUCUGAAUUACAGAAUAUUUUAGAGAAAUAUAUAACUUGCAGAUAGAAUGAUGUUUUAAUUGAGGUGUAAAUUAUAUUAAGGAGACAAGAUGAAUAAGAAAUUAUAUUCAGAUAUGACUGUACUAUGUUAUUUAUCACACAUGGAUCUUUUACCGUAUGGUCAAGAUCCACAAAUUGGAGAUACGGUGAAAGGCAUGCAUAGAUUUUUGAACCUUUGGCUUUUAAAAGGGACCUAUAUUGAAUUCUUUCUAUUUGUAUAGAAACCCCUGAAAAUUCAUAGAAGACAAAUCAUUACUCUUUUUGCUCAGUAAAUCAUAUCAUCUGAAAUAUUAUAAAUCCCAAAUUUCUUGGUGCUACAUGAAUUCAAUUUUAUAAUAACUCUUACUAAAUAUUCUUACAAGUUUUUAGUUGGGAUAGCAUUUAGGCUUAGUUUUUUAAGAUGUGUAAAAUGUUCUCUGCAAAAUUGUUCAGGCCAUUGUCUCCUUUUAUAUGCAGUUAUUUAUUGUGAAGAUCAGUGAAUUAAGGUAUUUAAAGUGAGAGAACCUAAUUAUUUGCAAAAGUGAGUUGUAGCUGGUUUUUUGACAGAAUCAAAUGAUUUUUUUUCUCCUUUUUUUUAAAAAAAAAGCUUUUCAUUUAAAGAUGGAAGCUAAGCAAUGGAAACAUUACUCUGUUUUUGACAGUAAAAGGUACCAAUAAAAUAUUUUAUUACCGAAAGUUAAAUGAAAAUGUGAUAAGUUAAUUUCUUUCUGUUGUAAAAUAUCAUAAAUACAGAAAAGUGUAUGACAUGUAAAUGUGUACUUUAAUAAAGCCAAUGCUAGUGCACCAGCUAUUCAGAUUAGGAUAUAGAACAUUACCAGUGAAAGGCCUCUGUGUGCCCUUUCUCGAUCACAUACCCUCACUCUCUCCAUAAUAGUCACUAUCCUGAUUUUUGUGAUAGUUUUUCACUCAUUUUUCUUCACAGUUUUCCCAACUAUGUAUGUAUCUCUACCCAAUGACUAUUUUGCCUGUUUUGAAUUUGUAUGCAUAUUAUUUCAUUAUACUCUAACUUUCACUAUUUUGUUUUUGAGGUUCACUCAUGUUAAUCUCAAAAUUAAUUCAUUUUCAUUACUGACUAGUAUUCCACUGAAUGAAAAUACUGUAGUAUUAUUCUACUGUUUAUAGAUAUUUGGAUCAUUCAUAGUUUUUUUUGUUUACUUAUUUGCUUUUGCUAUCACAAGCAGUGUUAUGAAUACUGCUGUGCGUGUCUCUGAGGAGUGUGCGAGAAUUUCUCUAGGAGUAAUGAUGCUAAGUCAUCGGUUGUGUGUACGUUCAACUUACUUUCCAAAGUGGACCACCUCCAGCACUGUAAGAGAUUCACUUUGCAUCCUUGGCAGUACUUAAUUUUGUCAGGCUUAUUAAUUCUUGCUAAUCUAGUGGGCUUUAGGCAUGAAUUGUAAUUAUAAUUUUCAUUUCCAGUCUUUCUGUCCAUUAUUAUAAGUUCAUAGGAAUUCUUCACAUAUUCUGGGUACCAGUUCUUGUUGGUUAAAUGUUUGCAAGUAACUUCUCCCAGGAUGUGGCUUGUCUUUUCCCAUUCUUGAUGGUACUUUCUGAUGAAUAAAAAUUAACUUUAAUGUGUUCAAUUAAUCUUUUUCCUUUAUGUUUUCUUUUUAUUACUGAUUUAUGACCUCAUAAUAGAGAAGGGUAUCUUAAAGCUAUUGUUCUGUAUUAUCUUCUGAAUACCUCAUACAUAGCUUUGCUUUUUCCCAGUCAUAAAAGUGGAAGAGGUUUUGUGUAUUAUGUGACAUAAGGAUUGCAUUUCACUUUUUUCCAGCGUUGCCUUACUAUGAAGUCCAUAUUUUACCCACAGAUCUGCAAAGCCACGCUUAUCCAUCAGAUGUCAUACACACACAGGUCUGCUCCUGGGCUCUCAUCUGUUCAGCAGAUUAGGCUGUCUGUCACCACGUCAUCACAUCACAGUCUAAUAUUACUAUAACAUUAUAGGAGUUGAUAUUUCUGAGAAUCCGCUCACCUUGUUCUUAAAGAUUGUCAUGGCUGUUUGCAGCCUUUGUACUUUCAUAUAAGUUUUAGAAUAAGCUUGUUAAGUUUAAUGAAAACUUGUGAAUUUUUAUUAGAAUCUCAUUGAAUCUAUAAGGUCACUUUGAGGAAAAUGUACAUCUUUAUCGUACAGAGCCCUCUGAUCCUUGAACAUGACA